AAGAUCAAUAAAUAUUUUUCGCUUUAUUAUCAGAGAUUGCGAAACUCGAGAAAAUAAUCUAAUGAUGUACGGAUAUUUAUAAUUAGAUUAAUAGAAACAAUAGUUCCCGUUCAAAACGAAACAAAAUACAAAUUUUUAGUAACCAUAGCAUAUAUAAACACAUUCCCAGUGAAAAUAUUUUAACAAUCUAAAAUAACUGAGCAGCCAAAUGAGCAGUCAAGACUCGGAACGCCAAUGGAAGAAGAAAUAUAGACAAAUAAACUUCUUUGAAGGAUUUAUUAUGAAUUUCGCAGCCACAUUGUUGACCCAUCCAUUGGAACUGAUUCGAAUAAAUAUGCAAGCAGCGACUUUGAGAAACGUUAAAUUACCCGAGGUCCUGACCUAUAUUGUCAAGUCCGGACCAGCUGGAUUCUAUUUUGGCUUUCAUAGCGCCGCAGUACGCUGUGGAGUUCAAACGAUAGCCACAUACGUUGUGUACCACCGACUAACCCACAACCAUUACGUCAUAAGGUUAAGAAACUACGACACUAUUCCAGUUCAUGGAGUGUGCAACUUUGUGGGCGGAUUAAUGGCUACUCCCUUCGCUAAACUCGCUGUUAUGCGGCAGACAGAUCUCUCCCGAAUACCCUAUUACAAACGCAAUUACUCGCGCACCUGGAGAAGUCUUCGCUGCAUUUACCUCAAAGGCGGGUUUGCCUAUCUAUUUUAUGGGUGGCAGAUUUAUUCGAUAUGUAACGCAACAAGGGCUAUGCUUUGGUUUCCUAUCAACAAAAUGGUAAUGACUGGGCUGGAAAUUAUACACGACUAUCAAGGUAAAAGAUUCUUGCACGAGAUCAGUGCAAUGUCAGUGACUGGAAGUAUACUUGCAUUACUUCUCACCCCUGUCGAUAUCCUUGUGACUUUAUCAUUGAAUAGUAACGCAUAUAAUGGUAUUCCCUUAUGGAGCAUAUGUCGUACUAUAUUCCAUAGGCGUGGCUUUAAAGGAUUUUUUCUGGGUGCGAAGUUUAGCAUGCUUACUUUAAUGAUGCACUCCAUGCUGGUUUCCACCCUGGUGCAUGUAAUACACGAUCCCUAGUGUCGUACGGAGGAACGUUCGUUUCAUCCAUUCCAUUCAGUAAUUUUAUUUUGUGAAUUUUUUAAAUUAUCCAACAACUUUUUAAAUCGCUGGGAAUCUGUAUUCUCCGACAAAGAAAUAUCCAUAAAAUAUAUAUAACAUCUAAUCUACUCUGUAA